AAAGGAAUUUCAUUCAAUCCUCCACUCGCUUCACCUGUUUUUUUCAAGUUUUUUUUCUCUUAGCAAUCUCUGUUUUACAAUGGCAAGUAAGCCUGAAGAAAUAACCUUAAGUGCCCUGCUUACUGCAGCGGCAGAGCAAUCCCCCAACCAGAAAGCGAUCAUUGUAUCUGGAAAAAUCGAGUUGCUACAUUCAGACCUCCAAAAAAUCGUGAAUACAUGCGCUGCCCAGCUCCGAAAUUCUGGUAUUGCACCAGGCGAUGUCGUUGCGCUUUCAUUCCCAAACUCAAUCGAGAUGGUGAUAUUGUUCCUGGCCGUCAUUCGGGCCCGAGGCGUGGCGGCGCCGCUAAACGCAGCCUACACGGCAGAGGAAUUCGAGUUCUAUUUGCAGGACUCACGAUCGAAGCUCCUCUUGCUGCCUUCCACCGGAAACGCAGCGGCGGAAGCCGCUGCCGUGAAUCUCAAGUUACCCACAGCCGGAACCCGAUUCUGCACCUCAUUGGACGGAAACAGAGCCCUCGAAUUUCUGCCCAAAUCCGUCGGCCUGAAAAUUCCGAGCAACGCAGUUUCAGAGUCCAUAAACCUGGAGAACAAGGAGGAUGACGUGGCCCUGUUCCUGCACACGUCAGGAACGACCAGUCGCCCAAAAGGCGUGCCUUUAACUCAGCUCAAUCUGGCGGCGUCCACGCAGCACAUCAGGGACACCUACGAGCUUUCCCCCGCAGACACCACAGUCAUAACGUUGCCUCUGUUCCAUGUCCAUGGACUCGUGGCGGCUCUGCUAUCGUCGCUCGUUUCAGGGGCAACGGUUGUGCUAACGGCGGCGGGAAGGUUCAGUGCCUCCACCUUCUGGAAUGACAUGAAGAGCUACGGUGCCACGUGGUACACUGCGGUGCCCACGAUUCAUCAGAUUCUUCUGGAACGUCACUCUGCGAAACCGGAGGAGUUUUACCCGAAGCUCCGAUUUAUAAGAAGCUGUAGCGCUUCGUUGGCUCCGGUGAUCUUGGAGCACCUGGAGAGCGCUUUCGGGGCACCGGUUCUAGAAGCUUAUGCAAUGACGGAGGCGUCACAUCAGAUGACAUCGAACCCUUUGCCUCACCGUGGGCAGCGGAAACCGGGGUCUGUUGGCAAACCCACUGGUUUAGAAGUCGGUAUUCUGGACGAAAGUGGUGUGCCCCAAACGCAGGGCACCAGCGGUGAGGUCUGCAUACGUGGUUUGAAUAUUACCAAGGGAUAUCAGAACAAUCCAGAAGCCAAUAAAACCGCUUUCCAGUUCGGGUGGUUUCAUACCGGCGAUAUCGGGUAUCUUGACGAGGAAGGUUAUCUGUUCUUGAUCGGUAGAAUCAAGGAGCUCAUUAACCGCGGAGGGGAGAAAAUAUCGCCGUUGGAAGUCGAUGCAGUGCUGUUAUCCCACCCGGCGGUUGCCCAAGCCGUGGCGUUUGGAGUUCCCGAUGAAAAAUACGGCGAAGAGAUAAAUGCUGCUGUUGUUCCUCAAGAAAACAUGACAGUGACUGAAGAUGAUAUAAUUACACACUGUAAAAAGAAUUUGGCCGUAUUCAAGAUUCCCAAGAAGGUUUAUUUGACAGACUCGCUGCCUAAAACGGCAAGUGGUAAAAUCCAGCGCCGUCUUAUGGCUGAGCAUUUCGGGGCAGCAGUUCGGGCCAGGAUGGGCGGCUAAUUACAACAAUUAAUUCCCUUUUUUCCUUGGAAUCACAACAUUUUGUAUUAUAAAUUUCCCUGCAAAUAGGAAGUAUUCGAGACUUCUUUCAUAUUAUUGAGAGCGAAGUCUCUUUUGUAGUAUAUCCAGUUGCUGUAACUUCCGCCGGAAAUUUAUAUUUCGCUUUAAGAAUAAAAAUAAAAUGAAGCUUCUUGUACAAAAA